GCCAUGAGUAAGCUUGAACUUGCAAACUAGAAGUAGGCUCGCGGACCACACGCCUGCAAUACGCGUCUCGGUCUUUACGCAUCCAAAAAGGGUGGGUUUGCUCCGUCUCCGUCAGUCCCGUCUGCCUCCGGUUAUGCAUCCGCAUAAGUACAAACGGUCACUCUGCUUUCUAAUCUUGAAAUGAAGCCCCUAGGCCUGAUCUCAUAUCCCCCCUAUAGUUGCGCAAUCCUCUAUACAUGCAUACAUAGAAUACCUCCCGCGAUCCGUCGGCCCGCAUAUGAAUUCUCUCACCUUUCCUGAAGUCGGACAGUACACUGCCAUGACGUAGAUUCAGGCUCUAGAUAUAAUAAUCUACAUACAUACACAUAUAUUUCGCGUUCCCCACGACUGGACGGAGAGUCUUGGUACAGGAACGGAAGCGGAACGAGUGUGCCGUAAGUGUGUGGUGGUUGCGGUGAGUUCGGACUGCGAGGGUACUUUGUGUUUGGGGCAAAUAUUAUAAAGGUGAGACUGGAGAGCUGGGCUGACGUGUUGACGGUGCUGCGCAUUCCAGUCUUAUUGCCUAUAUAUCCCUUCGAUUUGGGGACCGCCGCAGGGGCUCGGGGCUGCUUCGCCACGCUCUUCGCCACAGGGAUUAGGAUUGAUAGUCGGUACCGGGGAGUGCAAAUCAUUUCCCUUUAUCAGCGUCGCCCGCAAGUCCGGACAGAGAAACGGAAGGAGAAGGUGGGCGAUUUCCGAGAAGUACUUAUAGAAGUGCACAUCAGAGUAUCUGCCGCUCGUACUUUGAUUCCUCGAAGCCGGAUUAUACCGACAAUCGGACAAUAAGAUGCGCCACGCCCUACCACUCACCAUGCGACUGGCGCUCACGCUUGCGAUCUUAUUCGGGUUCAUGCUGAAUGUAGGCAGCGCUAUGCCGCCGAUGCAAGUUCAAGAUCAAGCACAACUCAGCCUGGUACCGCCUAUCCAUUCUUCACGUCAUUCAUCUUCAUCUUCGGCUCCGAUCACACCUUCGUCCUCGUCAGUUGAUGCUGCGAAUGCUGUGAACGCAAUACACACGAGUCACCCACGAGGCUGGCGCACAUUAUUACGCAGUGCGAGGAAUUGGGGUCCAUUCGCCACAUACAGACAUGGGAAUACUCCGAGUGUCCGUUCCUCCUUCUCCUCAUCAGACAAUAGUAUCCAACGAACACCGGGUUCGCAUUUAGGAAGACGAGGACGAGGGAGGUACGUUAGGAGAGGUCGAGCACAUCCAUGAUUAUUCCUGGAUUCAGUUAGGAUUGGCAUUUGUUCGACUGCUUGGUUGGCGCUUUAGACGAAGAACAAAGGCGAAGUGGUGAAGAAGAAAUCGUAUCGUAUAUUUGUAUUUGUAUACCAUAUAUGCUGCCAUCGGUUUGCCAAUUUAGCAAAUGGAUAUGCAAAUCGCGCCAGAU